AGAGGUUUUCCUUCCACUGACUGUUCCAGGCUUUGUUUGGUGAUUCUCGGCUUUGACAACAUAUCACAACUAAACAGGAUCUAGAAGGGAUACUCUGCUUCCGACGAGACCAGUGGAGACUGCCGGUGGAAAAAGUCACAUUUCGCUGCAAAAUUAUCUAUGUAGUGCUGAAUUAGAAACGCGUGUCGUCCGGAUACUCUCGCAUGUCGCCUGCAUGCGUGGUGACAUUCAUCAACUGCUUUGAGUCUUGGAUUUUCCACGUCUGACAGCGGCUCGAUUUAGCAAUCAAUGUUCGUCUCUUGGAGGAAGUGAGCUGCUUGAAAUGGAUUUACUCAGCCAAAUUGACAUUCCCUUGUACGAAGGAAGAUUGAAUUUGAUCCCGUCCAAAUCUUCUCAGCUUAGGUGAUUUCCUCUUUUCAGUUCGACCUGUAGUGCAGCUUAUCCUCCUCUGACAAUGGAGCAUCAACAGCUGUUGGCACCUCGCACCUCUUUUCAGAGUAGCAUUGCCUCUGCAGAGAGUACCCAUUCUCCCAAAUCUCUGUUGAGGAGAGAUGUGAGUGCACCCGCCAGCCCUUUGUCCUGCCUGGUGCGUAGCAGGGCAACGAUCACUCCAGCAAAUUCGACUGAAGUACACAUGGACUAUCGAGAUGAGAGCUUCAUUUCAACUCAGAACCAGGUCGCUUCUAUGAAAGCUGAUGUCUCCCGCAAUUCCAAAGUCAAUUUUGACCUUGAAAGAAUUGUGCGACAAUUUGAUACUCAAAUUGGUCUACUCAUCAGCUUACGCAUCGCGUACGAUAAAGAGCAGGUUGACAGGCGCGACUUUGGGAAAUUGGCUGUCUUGGGACGUGGACAACAAGAUAAAGCUGCAUCAUGGCCCACCGACGCACAGCUUCGCCACUACGGUACACUGUUCUUCUUGCUUCAAACUCGACCGCACUACAUAGCAAAACUUGCCCGGCAAGUUGGCUCAGCGUGUAUCGACGACUUACUCAAGGUCAUCAUGUUCACUCUCUAUGGUCACCAUUACGAUCCGAGAGAAGAGCACUUGCUGCUGUGCAUGUUUGAGCUGGCCCUGACGCAGGAGUUUGAGCAGGCAGCGGAUGUGACGUGCGUGCUACGCCAGAACACUGCCAUUACGCGCAUGAUGACAUCAUACACACGUCGUGGUCCUGGACAGGAGUAUCUUCACCAAGUACUCACGGCUCCCAUUGUGUUCCUGGCUACUGCUGGGGACAACCUUGAAGUCGAUCCAGUCCUGGUGUAUACAGAGCUGGUCAACAAGGGAAUGAAGGACUCCAACACCCCGUCUGGUUUUGUGGCUGCUGAGGAUCCUGAUGUCAAACAUCUUGUCAAAGAUCGCACACAACGCCUUCAGGAAGUCCUGGAGUCAUUACUAGGCUGUAUCUUCCGUUCAGCUAGUAGUGUUCCCUUUGGUAUUCGCUGGUUGUGUCGCACAAUUCGCACGUUGGUUCAUCAGUACUUUCCCGACACGUCGAGCCAAAACGAAGCGCAGCAAGAUCGAGCAGCAUCGCUCGUCGGUGGUUUCUUCUUUCUGCGCUACAUCAACCCUACCAUCGUCAGUCCUGCAAAAAUCAACAUCAAGAAUGUCUCUACCAAGGCUGCACAUAGAACAUUAACACUGAUGGCGAAGAUUAUUCAGAAGAUAGCAAACCAGGUGGAUCCCAACUCGUUGCGUGAACCGUACAUGGUGCCCUUUACGGACUUCAUAUCCAGUUACCAAAUGAAGUUGAAGGAUUUCUUUGAUCAGCUGUGUGAUGUUGAUGACUUCCAUGACUUCAUGCAAGUAGAGCACUUCCUAGCCUUCACUAAGAACUCAGUGAUGUCAGAGGUGGAGCUGAGCGAUAUCCACAAGCUACACACGCUCAUUUCCAAACACUCCGAGAAAGUGCUGGCAGUGAGUGGUCAUGAUCGGCUGGGGUCAGUGCUGGACGAGCUAGGUGAGAUACCAAUGAUGAUCAACAACGGGGCGUCGAGAGCCACGCUACACUUGUGCAGCCGUACUACCAUGAACGACGACGCUGCAAUCAUCUUGGAUGACAGUUUCACGGACAUGUCACUAAUGCGAGACUCUACGGACUCUUGCUCAUCAGCAGAUCAGCAGCUGAAGACGUUCAAGACCCGCUGCAUAACACUAUUGGCACGGCUGUUCAAAAUGCUCCCAGAAUCGUAUCGCACUCUUCCCUUAGUGCACGUAGUUAAAUCAGCGGAGGAUUUUGAAGUGCAACAGAUCAAGGACAUCUCGUCCAUCACUGAACUUCUCCUGAACAACCUCAGGCAGAAUGGCAUUGACGUUGAGUCUUCUAUUGACUACCUCAACAUGAAGGAGAGUUUACCGAGUCAGGAGGAGCUGCACGCUCGCUGUCGUGGUGAACUGAUGCACCUUGUGCGCAUACAAACUCUUGUCAAUGAACAUUUUUACUUUCUCAGUGAGCAGCUGGAGACUUACAAGGUCUAUUUGACAGCAGCCCGACUCAAAGCCGUGACAUCACGCUUAAGCGAUGGAAGAGAACGGCCUCGCAACCGUCGACGCAGCCUCUCUGCUGCCAACUCGCCUCACCCAGUCCGUGUGAACAUAACCACGCUGCGUCGGUUUAACGUUGUGGCCGUGUGUCCUGCGCAGCGCAGCCGAGAGACUAUCGAAGUGGCAAUGCCAAGUCCCGGACAGUAUAUCUUCAGCGUGGUGGGCGCAAAUCGAAACGCCAACACCGACCAGUCAGGUUCAGGUUAUACUCAUGUCGUGGAUGUGACGUUAGAGCAUCUUCUGGAGUUGCGAAUAAGCAGCACUCCGGUAUUUAUUUUAGAUGGCAACAUCACGUUUGAUGCAAGUGCCACCGUUAGCUGGCUACAGCGGCUGUUUUGAGGUGAGCACACGGGGAGUCCACAUCACCAUCGCUUUCCAAGCAACCUUACUGAAUGACACGUGUACAUAUAGGGACGUGACGCUCGUCGGCAAAUAUCUGCCGGUGGUGUCGUCGUCAUGACUACUAGUACGCUGGUUACUAACCCCGUAUAUGCAUGCACUAGUGAUGCACGCUCGCGCUGUAUAUAGCGUCGUCCCCUAACCCCCGCCCUGCACCCCAGCCUGCUGCCUAUUUAUGCUAUCGUUUCCCUGUUGUAUGUAACGAGACUAGUUAAGAAGUCAGACAAGCAGAACAUCGCGCCGAGCAUUGUACUGUCACGUACUAGAUCAGCGUGGGUGUUGGCAUGCCAGUGCUUUCGCCGUUAUGUACUGCUGCUUUUCUGGAAACACACACACACACACACACACGCACGCACACACGCACGCACACACGCACACACGCAUGCUGCUCAUCGGUUUGAACAUAGCACCAACCCGGACCCCCUACCCUGUAUAGCCACAUACCUGUCUGCUUGACUGUAGAUAUCAUAGAGAGUGUGAUUGAUGUAUUACCUGUGAUCUGUCGCCGAAGUGUCCUGACCAACUUAUGAUACAUGAUGCCACGGUGGUCUGCAUGAUGCCAUGGUCUGCAUGAUGCCACGGUGGUCUGCAUGAUGCCACGGUGGUCUGCUUAUAAUUUAAAGUAUCUCUGAGAUGACAUGAAUAUGGUGAUUUGUCUUGCCGAGCUACAGCUGUUUAAAACUUGGCGCCCUGAGCGCCUUGUGCUGAUUUUCUAAGAUUUUCUAUUUCUUUCAAGAGGUCGUUUAUUUGUUCAUCGCCAAAAAUGCCAUGAACUUUUCUUCCAAGCAAGCUAUCAUUUCUCAUCAUCCCUUGCCUUUAUAAAACUGCUCAUAAGAAAUCGCGAAUCUUGACUCUCGCCGCUCUCAUCAGCUUCCUUUUUAUCCGAGUGCUCCCGAUUGUGUACUUAUCCGUAGUUGGUACUGCUAGUUUAUUUCUUACUUCGUGCCCUCGUCUUUGCUUCCUGUCUACUCGCCUCAGUUCACCCACUGUCGCCAUUUUUUAACGUUGGUGUCCGCGGUGUACCAAGGGCUUUUCUACUCCCGCUCUCAUUAUUUCUCUUCUUCUUUCUAAUGUGUUUAGUGGACUCUCGUUUUACCGUCACACCUGUUUCUUAGCUUAGGUCCGGACGUCCGUCGUUUAUCCGUCGUGUGUGUGUGUGUAUGUAACCCCGCCGGCCCUGUUCUUUUAGUACUCCUGGCUACCAUGCCGUAUAAACGCUGGCAUGCAGUGCCAGUGUAUGCUAGAUGCGCGUGCCGUUUAAUACGUGUUUUUAUAGUGAGUUUGUCCUUCUUCCGCUCAUAUGCUGUAUACACCACACCUUGGUAGGCUGUAAGUCGCCGCAAGGAUUGUGCGUGAAAGUUUCCUGUGCUGUACCCUGCUCUCCAUUGGCUGUGUCUACACGAUUGUGCUGAGCUGCGAGUUACCCGUGCCUGUCCAGUGCAGCCGCUGUCCUGAUUUUAAUGCUCUAUUUUAUCCGGUGUGGUUCUUUGAUUUUCGAUUUUGAACUCUCCCUCGUAUAUGCCGUGUCUGACUAUCUCCUCGUUACUUGACUCUUCGUGAUAUACAUGUACAUGAUUGUAUUGCUUCUUAUGGUCAUGUGCAAACUUACUUUAAAAAAGAAAUAUUUCCUUAAAAUAUUCUA